AUGUUGCUAGCCGCGGCUACGACAGUCCUAGCAGCGCAACGACUAUCCCAUAGCGUUGUCAAGCGAGAACUAGAAGCCUACGAGGAACGCUACAUCCGCACUCAGAAUUACCAGUAUCACAAUCAGAGUGUCAAGCUGAUUGGGUACCAGACAAUCAAGAUCCCAGCUGAGAGUCUUGAUUUGUUUGAGGAGUACUACUCCAUUAAUGCCUACGCCCUUCAAGAAGACUUCCCGUCCCACUUCUACGACUCAUAUGCAGCAGAGCUGCGUGUCUACUUUCCCGUGGCUUCUGCGCUCCUAGAUCACAACGAAUUUAUGGUAGAGGCGAACCAUCUUGGGGAAUUCGAGCACGAUGCCCUAGAUGGCGACUACGCGGUUUUAGGCCGGAAACAGACGUCGCAUGUACACGGAGUUGCCAACAAUAUCAUCCAAGACGGCACGAUAUUCCUCGCAAAACGGAAUCACCCUAUCCGUCAGAUCGAUAAUACUCGCGUCUAUGACUUUGGACGCCGCUCCCUAGACCACCACCAUCAUUUUCGCUCCCCAGUCAAGAAGCGCCAGUACGGUUCUGCUGCACCAGAGCCUACAGCUGGUUCGGGCGGUGACACGAAUCCGAAUAACGACGAUAACGGCGAGAACCCCUCCGCGAAAAACAACGGCUGUGCCAAAAAUCAUGGCGGCGAGAAUUGCAGUAAAGCGUACGGUAUCAAUUAUGAUUCUUCGACAGGGAAGUAUAGUGGGAGCUGUAGUUCGCAGUUUGAUGGGACGACAUGUAUGGAUUAUAAUGGGCCUUUCUCAAAUUGCAACAGGGCCGACAGAAAGUACUUUUUCGUUGGAAGCGACUGCUUUAAAUCUGUUGCGAUGGGGAACUGCUGGAACGAAGUUGAGUCUGCAGAGUAG